AAUUUCGAAGUGACCGAUUGGCCGGAAGAGGAUUAUGGGAAGUUUUACGAGGGCGAUUCCUACAUCAUCCUCGAUACUUAUAAAAAGUCCGGAAGUGACGCAAUCUACCAUCACAUUCACUUUUGGAUCGGGAAAUACAGCACACAGGACGAGUACGGUACGGCAGCCUACAAGACGGUGGAGCUAGCAACAUACCUAGGGGGUAACCCCAUCCAACACAGGGAGAUCCAGGAACACGAGUCCAAAAUGUUCCGCAAGUACUUUGUGGCAAUCACGUACCUAAAGGGCGGCGCGGACAGUGGUUUCCGGACAGUCAAGUCGGAGGAGUAUACCCCACGCCUUCUUCACUUCCACGGAGACAGACGUGGCGUCACAGUUAAGGAGAUUCCCAGGGACAAAAACAAGCUGGAUUCGACUGACGUUUACAUACUUGAUCUUGGCCUGGUGAUUUAUCAGUGGAACGGCAAAGGUAGCAACAAGGACGAGCGGUUCCAGGUAGGUAGCAACAAGGACAAGUGGGUCAAGGUAGGUAGCAAAAAGGACGAGUGGGUCAAGGUAGGUAGCAACAGAGACGAGCGGGUCAAG